AUGAAGGGGUUCAGCGUCAGCAGUUUGUUCGCGCCCAGUAAGGGGGGCGACCCAGCUGGGGGCAGCGGCCAAGAUGGGGAAAGCAACAAAGCAGGGGAGAACCUGCAAACUGGGGAGAACCUGCAAACUGGGGAACCCCUCCAAAGUGGAGAACCCCGCCAAAGUGGGGAACCCUGCCAAACCGAGGGAGGUGGACCCCCCCCCGCGGAGCAGAAAAAACCCAAACAAAUCGGAGACAUCAACAAAAUCGCAUUUUACGAAGCGGUGCUAAAACAACUCAGGGACGACGACCUAACCGAUUCGUUCGAAACCCUGAGGAAGGAAAUAAAUUUAGAGCAAAGUAAAACAGUGAAGGAGGAAAAUUACCUGUUCAAGCUAUACUCGAAGAGCUUGUACAAAGGGGGGCCUGAAUUCGAAAAGGACAUGGAGGAAGAAGGUGGAAAAAAAGACGACCAACGGAAUGACCAAAUUGCAAAGUUGAAAACAUACGGUAUAUUCAUAAAAAAUGCACAGCUACGUAGUAACAAUGAGACUACUGUCCUAAAUUUAGAUUCAUUAAAAAAGGAAAAGGGAGGAAGGAUAGCAUAUUCCUAUGACAUCACCGACCGAGUAGAAUUAAUUCACCAACAUAAAGUCACUUGCUGUGCGACGAACAACACAAGAAAUGUGCUCUGCUCAGGUGGAGCAGAUCACGUCAUUAAAAUUUGUAAAAUAUAUGAUAAUGUGAAGAAGAGAAAAAUACACAUCAUUGACAAUAAACAUAUGGGAAAAAUUAACUGCCUGAAAUUCCACCCUGUAAAAAAUCUGUUAUUCUCAGCUAGCGAUGAUUGCACUAUUCAAAUUAUCGAUGUGAGUAAAAUAUUAAAAAAAAAAAAGCAACAAUUUAGGUACCGAAGAAAUAUAAGGGGAAAAAUAAUAAAUGAUCUCCCUACUCAAAAUGUAGUCAUACAAGAUAAAAAACCGUUCGUAUAUCUCUAUGUCCAUCCUUGUGGAGAUUUUUUAUAUGCAUGUAAUAAAAAUGAAAAUAUUGUAAAACUUUUCGAUUUGGAGACCUUACAGUGUUUCACUUCAUAUGAAAAACAAAACCAACAUCAUAGUGCCACCAUAAAUUGCAUCAGUGGCACAUCAGAUGGAAAUCUCUAUUCCUCUGUGUCUAAAGAUGGUCAUAUAAAAAUAUGGGAUGGACAUGAAUCAAAAUUGGUACACACACAAUUUAAUGCCCAUAAUGGUUAUUCUGUAGAAUCUGUUACUUUUAGUAAAAGUAAUUACUACCUUCUUACUUCUGGACUUGAUGGACAAACAAAAAUUUGGGAUAUUCGAAAUUUUCAAUCCCCUUUCACCUUCGGGAAUGGAUUCUUAUCAUGCACAUUCAAUAAAAGUAUCUUCAUGAAUGACGAACAUUUUAUCGCCAAUGUGGUUCAAACUAAUGAUCACUUCACUUCAAAGUUUUAUAUUUACAAUGCCUACUUUGGAAAUCUUGAAUGUAAUGUACAGAAUAUACAUAAUGACCAAAUUUCUGACAUCGUUAACGCUAGGGAUGGGUUGAAUGUACACACGGCAGGACAUGACUAUGUUUGUAAGACG